GCAGUCACUCAGUCAAGGGGUCACCCAGUCACAGUCAAGUUUACCAGUCAGUUUAGUCAGCCGCGGCGACACUUCACGUAGGCGCUUCAAAGUUUCCUUGUAGACCUUUAAUUUGUCUCGUCUCCAUAUCUUGACAGACGGUUUUUGGGCUUCACUUCACUUGACGGUAGCCGGUGAGCCCAUAGACCUUUAAUAAUCAUUUAAUUUUAAUAAUUUAUCUGACGGACGAUUCGCUUCAAACUUCAUUUCACUUCUCUCUAACGUCGCGGCAGACAGGGCAGUUCGGCAGCAUGCACUCCAGUCAGAAAGACACCACCUUCACCAAGAUCUUCGUGGGCGGGUUACCGUACCACACUACCGACUCCAGCCUACGGAAAUACUUCGAGGUGUUCGGGGAGAUAGACGAGGCCGUGGUCAUCACCGACAGACAGACCGGCAAGUCGCGAGGAUAUGGAUUCGUGACCAUGGGUGACCGUGCGUCAGCUGACAGGGCCUGUAAGGACCCCAACCCCAUCAUAGACGGACGCAAAGCCAACGUCAACCUGGCGUACCUUGGGGCCAAACCACGCAUCAUGCAGCCAGGGUUCUCUUUUGGAAUGCCGCAAAUCCAUCCCGCAUUCAUCCAGAGGUCUUAUGGGCUCCCGGCGCACUACGUGUACCCCCAGGCGGCUCUGGUCCAGCCCAGUGUGGUGAUCCCUCAUGUUCAGCCCCCGGCCCCCUCCCCCGUCUCCUCCGCAUCCCCUUACCUGGACUACGCCGCCCCCUACGGACCCUACAGCGCCACUGCAGCAGCCUAUGAACAGUUGCAAUAUCCCUUCGCUGCGUCUCCUGCGGCCUCUAGCGCCCCCUACUUGGCCAAUGCCGGUACUGCGGCGGCCGCGUACGGAUACAUGCAGCAGCCCCUCGGCUCUCCUCCAGCCCCUACCUCCGGCGCCCAGGCCGCGGCCUCCGCAUACAACACACACACACACAUGUAACACACACACAUAUAUAGCACACACACGCACACACACACAGUGUCUUUGAUACACUUGCACACACACCACGAGAGGUACAGACGUAACUCGAGAAAUGUGCCUUACACACACACACACACACACACACACACACACACACACACACACACACACACACACACACACACACACACACACACACACACACAGGUCGACAAUGUCGUGUUCUGACUGGGGCGUUUGCAAAAUGUAGAUCCCUUGUGUGAUAACACACACACACACACACACACACACACACACGAACGGCCACACACACACACUAAUUCAUACUGCAGUAACUGUUGGUCUAUUCCAUAGCGACCGCUUUAUUGGUAACUAUGUUUUCUUCCUCACUAUGACAAAGCCGCCAUUUAAUUUCUGCUCAUUAUUUAAUAUUUAUUUGGCUUUAGUUUAUUUUAGUGUCUGCAUACGUACCCCUCAAAACAUGUUUGUUUAUUUUUAUUGUUAAGUUUUUAGCUGUGCUUGUCUUUGUGAGCUUGUUUUCAUUUCUGCUCCGUUGUAAUUUGUAAACAUGUUGUUUUUAUUUAUGUUUGUUUUCUGUAAACGGUUUGUUUGUGUCCAAAGAUGUCAACAUGGACAGGUUAUGUACACAUCACUGUCAGUUUUAAUGCACACGUGUGUGUGUGUGUGUGUGUGUGUGUGUGUGUGUGUGUGUGUGUGUGUGUGUGUGUGUGUGUGUGUGUGUGUGUGUGUGUGUGUG